GGUAGUGAAGGUGAUCCUCUCUUGAACAUGAGACCUGGAAACCCCAAACUGCGCUAUCUGUAUGCUGUUUGGGCCUUCUUGGAAUGCCUUGGCUUUGGUGGUCUGCUGUAUGGUUGGGGCUCACUGGUGUAUAUUCUGAAGGACGAGGGUUUGUACCUCGACCUCUGUGAUAACACCCCCACAAAUGGAUCUGCUGUUCUGAAUGUGUCAGAGGUCACGCCGUACAGUGUCGGGCCCGGACUGGGAAAUGCUUCAGUUGUUAUAGACUCUCCAGCGCCUGUCUCUGUAGAAGGAAAGUCCCCAAGUGAUGGUUGUGAUGCAAGAGAUAACAAACUGGCAUUGGUGUUCACAAUUGCCAGUGCUAUGUUCUGUGUCGGCUGCUUCAUAAUGGGACAGAUCAAUUUCAAGUUCGGCACAAGGAUCACAAGAAUACUAGCUAUGAUUCUGUUCAUCUCCGGUGCUCUGAUGAUUGCCUUCACCACAAAUGACGUGCCGUGGCUUAUCUUUCCUGGCCUCUCCCUCAUCGGCUCGGGGGGAAUCACGUACCUGAUGACGAACACGCAGGUGUCUGUCCUGUUCCAAGACCAGGGCUCGCUUAUAGUCGGACUGUUGUGUGGUGGGUUUGAUGCUUCGUCCGGGGUACAGCUCAUGGUUAAGUUGGGUUACGAAAACGGCAUCAGUCGACAGAUGUCUUACAUAAUCCUUGCUGUGUCUCAUUUGUUGACACUGGUGAGCACCUUUUUCUUCCUGCCGAAAAAGUUCAUCGUCAAGCCAACCCUCCCAGCAAAGAGAACAGCAGACGUGGCUUAUGAUGGAGAAGUUGCUGUUGAACUCACUUCCGACAAAGCAACGUCCGAAGAGAGUCCGGAGGGUCCGCGGCAAAGCCUCAUGAGCUGUAUCGUGUCGCCGAUUUACAUCCUUCAUGUCAUCUGGUUGUCCAUUUUGCAGCUGCGAUUCUACUUCCUGCUCGGCUCUCUGAAUAAAUCUCUUGAGGACCUGCUGGACAAUGACAAGGACGCAGUGAGCCACUACACAAAUGUGUCCAUGUACAUUCUUAUGUGCGGAAUAUUUGCCUCCCCGUUUGCUGGAUUUGUCUACGAUUUCCACAACAGGUUCUUCAAGAACAGUGAAUCCGUGAUGCGUCGGACUCUGAUGCCUGCAGUGAUCCCAUUGGCCAUCACAACAACGCUGUGUUUGAUCAUGUCUGGUCUGGUCCUGGUGGAACACCCGCAUGCCUGGUAUGCUGUCUUCGUUGCGCUGGUGCUGUUCCGCUCCUUCCUCUACACCAUGGGUGCUGGUUUUAUCAAUGCUAUAUUUCCCAGUGAGUACUUUGGUAUUCUGUACGGCGUCCUCAUCUUGACCGGUGGCAUCAUCAGCAUGUUCCAGUACGCUCUUUUCCAGUGGUCAGAAGCUGCUGGCUCCAACCAGGUUAAUCUUUUCCUUCUGGUGCUUGUGCUGGUCACCUAUGGUCACCCGUUGUUCCAGUGGUGGACAGCACGCAGGGCUGAGCGAUCUGGCUCACUGGACAAAGACAAAGACGAUCGUCUGAUGUCACAGUAGACGCAAAUGCACACUCGAGGGCCAGUUGGUCUGUUGUUGCUGUUGUUCCUGGUUUACAGUUACAUACUUACUGCACCUCGCAGUAUUAUAAUGAAAUCUACAGUUGUUAUAGUUUAGAGGGAUUAUUUUCUAUAUAAUUAGAUCUACAUCCCUUCGGUGCCAUCAAUAUUUAGAUACUAAUUCUUGUCAGUGAAAGUCACAGCUUUAGAAUAAUAAAGAAUACUCAUACUUUAUUUGUCACUCACGAUGAUGAUAUCUUCGGGACUGAAAGUGGCAUAUAUGAUAAGUCAGAGGAUUUCUCACCCUCACUGUUUUGUAAGUUGAUUGAUGUUGAUUUAAACCUAACUGUUUAUUAACAGCCUCAACAAUGUUAUUUUAUUUGUACAAUGAAUUUCUUCUUCAGCAUAUAUUGUAGUUGUAGAACAUAAGCCCACAAAACAACUUUUUUUUCCCUCUCAUGUGAAAAUUUAUAUCAGCCAUGUAAUCUGCUUUAGAUCCUCUUCGACAAUAGGCUAUUAUUAUUUGAAAAAAAUAGCAAGAAGUUUUGAAAGAUGCAGAAGAGAUCAGGAGUUUACUUUUUAAUUCUUUUAGGACCUAUGAUAAGACAAGAUUCUUUACCAGUGAACGAAAAGAAGGAACAAGUGAAGGAAAAGGAAAAACAAGAAAGAAUUACUGUUGGAUAAAGUGGUUUAAUGGAUGGAAGUGCAAAAAAUGUGAUUCUAGAGUUCUGAACUGAUGGUGGAGAGAACUUGAUAGCAAUAGAUUGUGUUAACUCAUUCUCUGCCCAUUACCGAUAUAUUGGCAGCGUGACCGCACCAUUUUCACCCUUUACCGAUACAUCGGCACAGGCUAUACUCAAACAGUGUUUGGUUUGUAAAUGCUUGAUCCAUAAUUUUUUGUUUUGAUAUAAAAACAAAUCUCAAAAGUAGAAACUUCCUGCAACGAAAUAUUGUGUCUAUAACUACGUAAGUGGGUUGAAAGUUGAUAUUAUUGGAGUAUUUGGUGUGUCUGUGAAACCAAAACAUGAAGGAUGACCACACCCAUUUCUAGUUCCAGCUAUGUUUCUGGGCCUGGUUGCUCAUAACCCCAUAGGCAUAUAGUAUGUGCAACAGACCAGGGUCUUUUUCUUUAGUAAACGUAAGGGACAGAGAUGAUAAUGACCUAGAAUUCUUAGCUUUAGAUUCUGAUUCGAGUGAUGAUUGAAUCGAGAGUUAGAGGUGUGAAAAAAAGACAAUUUGUAGAUCUGAACCUUCAGUGACACCAUGGAGGAUAGUUGAAGACAAGGGAGUGAGUGAAUAUGCUGGAAAA